AUGAAGUACUUCAUUUUCUUUCCACUCUUUGCUGCAACAUAUGCUGCUCCCAUUGAGAAUGGUAGGACUGUUGAAAGCUAUGAGUGCAGGAAGAACUCUGUGCCCUACCAGGUCUCUGUGGCGGGUGGCUACCACUUCUGUGGAGGCGCCCUGAUCUCCAGGACCUGGGUGCUGUCUGCUGCUUUGUGCCGUUCGGCCGGCUCCAUCCAGGUGCUUCUUGGUGAGCACGACAUUGAUGUCAAUGAGGGCACCGAGCAGUCCAUCGACGCUGUUAAAUUCAUCAUUCACCCCUACUAUAAUAGGUACAAUGAGGAUAACAACAUCAUGCUGAUCAAGCUCAGCCAACCUGUCACCCUCAACAACUACAUCCGCACCGUGUCCCUGCCCUCCAGCUGUGCCGUCGCCGGCACCCGCUGUCUGAUCUCUGGAUGGGGCUCCACCUAUGACUCUGAAGACACCACCCAUGAUCUUCUGAGGUGUCAGGAUGCCCCCAUCCUGAGCGACAGAAGCUGCAGGUCCUCCUACCCUGGACAGAUCACCUCCAACAUGUUCUGUGCUGGAUCCCUCGAGGGAGACCAGGUCUACGUUCAGGGUUACUCUGGUAGCCCCAUCGUAUGCAAUGGUCAGCUGCAGGGUGUGGUGUGCUGGCUUGGCGGAAUAGUCGGGAGCAACGAUCCUGGAGUCUACACCAAGGUCUGCAACUACAAUUCCUGGAUCCGCAACAUCAUGAUCUCCGAAUAA